GGCCGUGUUGUGACCUUAGUUUUAAAGAUAAACUUUUGUGUAUUUACUCAUUGACGUUAUAAUCAUACGUAAUCACAGAAAAGAUGAAGAAAAUGUUUUUAAUCUUAUUCAGUGCUAACCUAAAUAUACUGUCAAAGUGAAUUAAAUUUUAUCACCAGCGUCCCUUGUUUUUAUGGUGUUAUUUUACAAUGGCCUCAAGAGACGACACGGUUACCGUGUCAGUGGUUACAGAGCGUGCUCCAGUAAUCAUAGAAUGCCCCACUAGGACUUUUACAGCUGAGCAAUUAUGCAUUAUUUUAUGCAAGAAGUACAACAUACCUCCCUUGACGCGUACGUUGUUUGCAUUGAGAAUCAAAGGGAGUCGGUAUUUUCUCAAAGACAACUGCGAAGUCUUAUCAAGCUCCAGGGACUAUGAGCUGAGGAUUCGUUUCAAAGUGCCAAGAUUGGGGCUCUUGAUGUCAUUGGAUGAGGUCACCUUUGACUAUUACUUUCAACAAGCCAGAAUUGACAUCAAUGACAAUCAAGUGUCGGAGAUCCGGUAUCCCGAUCAUAAGCAAGAGCUGCUCGGCUUGGGCAUCACGGAUAUGUGCCGUGCCAUAACUGAAGAGAAACUAUCAAUGAAUGAAGUAGUGAGAAACUGUAAAAAGUAUAUACCAAAGAUAAUAAAUAAGCGUCAUGGGCCUUUUCCCAAGCGGCACGCAAACUAUUAUCUCCCCAAGCUAUUUGAGAUGCACUACAGUGUCAAUUACUUGAAAGACAAAUACAUGGUGCAACUGUAUGGGCUCGCGCCGAACUACUUGGCUGAAGAGUACGACAAUGUUUUGUGGCUGAACGCUGAUAACAUAGUGCCGGUUCGACUCGUUGUAGCGCCAUUCCAUCCCCAGCAGCCCGGUAUUCGGUUAUACGACACGAAUAAAGGAGAGUGGAUGCAAGUAUGCACCAUAGAGGGGCUAAUCUAUCUCAUGCGGAACGGCAAUUGCACGUUGGAGGUGUCGAGACGGGGCACCCCGUUGUUUUUCAAGUUCAAGUCUGACGACCAGCUGUCGUCGUUUAUUUCUGUUUGCGACGGCUAUUACAGGUUAAUGGUAAAAUGGACGUUCAACUUAUCAAAAGACGACGAAACGCCAUCGUUGAAAGAGUUGCAAGAAAUCAAGUGCCAUGGUCCAGUAGGGGGUGCGUUUUCAUACCGAAAACUGGAAGAGAAACGUGCUAAGAAGCACGGCUGCUAUAUUUUAAGGCAGUGUCAAGAUGACUAUAAUAUUUAUUACUUGGACGUUUGUACGAAAACUCGUACAACAGAAACAUAUAAAAUAGAAUUCAAAGGGCACUGUUACAUGUUCAACAACAACGAGUAUUAUGAUAUUCACGCCAUAAUCAGGAGCCAUCAAGACCCAGAAAAGAAGAUAUUUCUAAACGAGUGUGUGCCACCGUCAGAAUUCGAUCAAUCGCAACUGCUACUAUGUGGCGAGCCGGUGAAAAAAGGAGUGAGAAUAGACCAGACAGAACUGCAGGAGGUAUUGAAGACCAACAAAAGCCCGCGAUGCCUUCUCAAUAAGGACAUCAUGCUAUUCAUAGGCUCAGAGAAAGUGGGAUCCGGCAAUAUAACAGUCACUUACAAAGCGCAUUGGAAUCUGGACGAAACUAAGAAACUUAUUGUUGCAUUUAAAGCUUUACAAAGGGACGAUCAUUUGAAGGAAUUCAUCGAGCUCGCUUCGAAAUACGUGUGCGUGCAUUCGUCUUGCGUGGUGCGAUUGUACGGGGUGACUCUUAACUCGCCUACCGCGUUGGUGCUGGAAUAUGUGCCGUACGGGCCACUGGACGAUUAUCUAAAAAAACACGGCGAUAAAGUGAAACCACUCCACCUCAAGAAAGUGGCCGCUAUGCUAGCGCGCGCUCUGUGGGACCUCUCAGAAGCGGGACUUAUCCACGGGUACAUUAGAUGCAAGAGAUUAUUGUUGGCGGCCUGUGACGCCGACCGAAUUGUUGUCAAGCUGUCUGGGCCUAGCCUGAGGCCGUAUACGCCUAUCGAGUGA